AUGGACGAAACAACGCCAUCACAUUCUUCGGCGCCUGCGGAUUCUUCGUCACAUGCGAAGUCCAUGGUGGCUUUGGGUCCGACUAUCCUUCCCGGCGAAAAUGAAAGAACCUCAAAUCUACGGCACAAAAACGGCGUUUCUGGACCAAAUAAAAGGCAUUAUCGCGUUCGUACUGGUUGCCUCGUUUGCAGAACCAGAAAAGUGAAAUGCGGCGAGCAACGGCCAAGCUGCGACAACUGUAUCAAGUCUAGAAGGACUUGCAUCUACAAACCGCCAGCUGCGCGGAAAUGGCUUUCACGCUCAACUACGGUGAACAACCAAAGAGACACGGACCACCCACAAGACCUUAACGGCACAGGCUCGGAGCCUCUUGUUCCUGCCCCAGACACGGAGCAGGAAGAAGAAUCACCUGCCCACGGGCAGCAUUCUUUGAUCCGGAACCCAUUCGACUUUCUUUCACCUUCGGAAACUAUCAUCCCCGGUGAGGCGAUGCAGUCCCAUGAUCUACAAAAUCCGGGCGAACUGCAGUCAGACGUUCAACCUGCCGUCGUCCCGUCCCCUGUGCAUCAGCCGGAUAUCUGGACCAGCAUUCAACCACAUAUGCAGCAAAACAACAGUGUUUCAGGUUCUGUUGAGACCUGCGCUACCGAUUACCAAGGUGUUUACGAUUCCUGCCUCGGAAGUAGAGAUUUGGCAGAUUCACCCACAGAUUCUCUCUCUUCUCUUCACGGAAAGACUUCACACCUGAUCUGCUUGACUGUGGACGUGGACAAGGCUGCAGCUACCGCAAGACCCACAGAAUCUUCAUUUUCCUACUUCAUUGAAGAAGUGGACUGCCCUUUUGUUUCACCUUUUGACACAAUGAACUGGGCAACCAUCAAAACUCAUAUCGCCGAACUGGGUAAAAGGGAGGUUCUUGUGGGUAUGUCCAUCGAUGCCGUCGAGUCUUUGUACAGGGCCUUGACGCAUCGGUUACCUACCACAUACGCAAUGUCUACCUACAAUACCGUUCUUGUCAUUUUUCCGUCUGCAUGCGGCAACAACCAGGUUGAUUUUGAUGUCAUCCUAAUUAUUGCUUUCCUACUUUGCUUGUUUAAGCUCACCCUUCCUAACGAGGAUGGUCCUACCGUCUCUAUAUUACGCGGUGAUUUCACGACAAGACUAGAGGCUUGGCUGCUAGAAGACCACCAAUCGUCGAUAUCCUUGCGAAUUGGUACCUGGUUACAGUUUCUAGAUACGGCUUCCAAGCGUGGAGGUUGUAAACAACUGUUACCCGAGCCGAUUUUCGAUCUUUUAUCUGACAAUGUCAUUGUGCCUAAUAUUCCAGCGCUGGACAAGAUGUCUCCCGAAGACGCUUUAUACGUCAGCGUCAGUGCACCUGUUUUCGAAUUUUACUCGAAACUCCAGGGAAUCUCCAACCGGGUUGCGGACGUAACUCACUACCAUAGAUCGCGAUUCACUCCCACAGACCAGGCAGAAGCAGCAGAAAUACUGUCCGGUUUGACAGCAGACCUGCAUUCCCUGUGGGAUGUGCGACCCAGCUUGUUGCGACUACAAUCUGCCGAUAUAACUCGAAACUUUUCGUCCAGGAUUGCACAACCCCUUGUUGCGUGCAUUGGGGUUUGCCUAGCGAGCUACUUUGUCGAGUUUGUUGUCAUCGGGCGUAUUCUUGGUGAUCCCCUGUUUGCAUCACCCAAAGCCAAGCAAGCCAUGGACGAUAUACGGGAUAUUGUUGAUGGUGGCUGGAAUGUCUUGAACAAGAAGGAGGGGCUCAACCCGGGAUACCUUCGGCCGCUGUUUUAUUAUGGCGUCGAGAGCUUCGAUGAAGAGAAGACGACAUGGGCGGCGGACCGACUCCGACAGAUCAACAAUCCCAUCAGCAGAGGGGCUUUUUUCGCAUCGUUUGUUAAGCUGCAUGGAGAAGCACAAAGGAGUCAAAAACGAAGAGUAACGUUGAAAUACUUUUGCUAUCAGAAUUAUCACAUUCCUCCCCCUUUUAUGUAA